GGUUAAUACUCUACGUUCAAAACACACUAAACACAUUACACUACACACAAAUCUAGUGUAUGCAACAAAAUGAGUGUCAUAUCAGUUACUAUAUAUAGGAGGAGUGUAAUAAUAACAAUUGUCUAUUCUGAGGUGAAAAAACCUAUGCAUCAGAUUCAUUCAUAUUGCCAGGUGACACGGUCUCCACAUAAUUGCCAGGGAACAACCCGUUGACUCCGUUCGUUACUCCCUCGUACCACCCGUCGUCAUUCUUCUUCACGAUGUAGAUGAUUUCUCCCGUGACAAAGGUCAACUCGUCGUCUCUGUCUUUGGUGUAGUCAU